AUGACAGCCAGACCUCACAUCAAAGCUCUUCUUAUAGACAUCUCUGGGAAUCUCCAUGUUGGGUCAAAUCCGACCUCCAAUGCCGUAGACGCCUUGAAGCGUCUACGGGGGUCGAGAAUCCCGUUCCGCCUGUGCAGUAACUCGAGCAAGGAAUCGACUGCAUCUCUGAUCGGUCGCUUGCGGAAACUAGGUUUCGAUUUCCAAGAUGUCAACGAAAGUGGUGGUGGUGAUAAGAAAGAAGUUUGGACAAGCAUUGGAAGCGUCGCCCGUUCUCUGCGAGAGAAGGGCUUGAAACGACCGUACUUGCUCCUGUCCAAGUCGGCAAGCGAAGAGGUUCUGGCCGAACUUUCUGGCGAACCAGGGACAUCCACUACCAAUGGUACGGCUGAGGGCUUCGAUUCAGUGGUUGUGGGCCUUGCGCCGGGUGUUUUCGAUUAUGAUCACCUCAACAAGGCAUUCCGGAUUCUCAUGGGCGAGGAAGGCGACGGUUCUCCGAAAGGACCUCACCGUCCGCCUCUCAUCGCAACGCACAAAGCGAAAUACGUAGAGAAGGACAACCCUCCUGGUCUUUCUCUGGGCCCAGGACCGUUUGUCACUGCGCUUGAACACGCCUCGGGAAGCAAGGCACACGUGGUGGGCAAACCUACCAGAGCGUUCUUCGAAUUGGUCAUCCGGGAUUUCGGUCCCAGCGAGUUGAGUCCGGGCGAGGAUUCCGAGGGAAAGAUAGCUGUUAUCGGCGACGAUGUUGAAGCAGAUCUUGGUGAAGGAGCUCUGGAAUUGGGUUUGUGGCGAGUACUUGUCAAAACUGGAAAGUACAGGCCUGGAGACGAAAAGAGGCCAGGAACAAUACCGCCUGACGAGGUGUUCAACUCGUUUGCUGAUUUUAUUGACGACCUGCUCCGCACGCAACUGAAACAGCCCUCCAAUUCUGGAACAAGACACGAUGAUAAGCCUCCUCUUAGUAUGUAA